CCGAAUUGACGUCACUUUUCAACAUGGCUGCCCCCUUGGAUGACAUGUUUUCUCGGUGUGUGGAUCCCGGGAACGCCAGUAACUGCGUGGAGGUCCGGUUUAUCGACAAUGUCAAGGGCAAAGGAUUGUUUGCCAAGAAACUUUUCAAGAAAGGUGAUACCAUCUUCAUUGAGCAGCCUCUUGUCUGCGCUCAGUUCUUGUGGAAUGCCUUAUACAAAUAUAGAGCGUGUGACUACUGUCUGCGCGCUCUAGAAACAGCAGAGGAAAAUGCGCGGAGACUCUGUGGUCUGCCUGGCCUCAGCCUGCCUUAUCCUGAGCUGUGUAAGGUUCGGCCAGAGCUACAUCAGGCUUGUCCACACUGCCAGGUGAUGUACUGUAGCAGCGAGUGUAAGCGGGCUGCAUGGGAGCAGUAUCACCGGGUCCUGUGUCUGGGCCCGUCCCGUGAGGAUCCUGAUCAUCCAAUCAACAAGCUGCAGGAUGCAUGGAGGAAUGUACAUUAUCCCCCUGAAACCUCCAGCAUCAUGCUAAUGGCAAGGAUGGUGGCAGUUGUCAAGCAGGCUCAGGACAAAGGGCGCUGGCAGAGGCUUUUCUCCCAUUUUUGCAGCCGUGCGGCCAAUGAGCAGGAGGAGAUAGCACAUAAGUUGCUAGGAGAGAAGUUCCAGGGACAGCUUGCUUUGCUGCGUAACCUUUUGACCACAGCACUCUAUGAUGAUUACCUCAGCCAAUGGUUCACUCCAGAGGGAUUUCGCUCUCUCUUUGCUCUUGUCGGGACCAAUGGGCAGGGUAUUGGAACUAGUUCCCUGAGCCAGUGGGUCCAUGCUUGUGAUGCACUGGAGCUUCCCCACCAACAGAGGGAGCAGCUGGAUGCCUUUAUUGACCAGUUAUACAAGGACAUUGAUAAAGAAACGGGUGAUUUUCUCAACUGUGAAGGCUCCGGUCUCUACCUUCUGCAAAGCUCAUGUAACCACAGCUGCGUGCCCAACGCAGAAGCAUCCUUCCCUGACAACAACUUCCUGCUUCACCUCAGCGCCCUGAGUGACAUCCGGCCUGGAGAGGAAAUCUGCAUCAGCUACUUGGACUGUUGCCAGCGAGACAGGAGUCGUCAUAGCCGGCACAAGAUCCUGAGGGAGAACUACCUGUUUGUGUGCUCGUGCCAGAAGUGCAUGUCCCAAAUGGAUGAUGCGGAUGUGACAUCAGAGGAUGAGGAUGAAGGAGAAGGAGAGACGGAGGGGGACGACAUGGAGGACGAGAUGACAGACGUGUGAUGAAGAUCAAGUUUCAACCACCUACAUAUCUUUCUGUGGACGUUUACACUGGGUAGCAUCACCUUAGAGAAAGCACUCAUUUCACCCAAGAGAACCUGCCUUGAUGUUCAUACAGCAGAAGGCUAAGACCCCAGGCUAUGCAAAAUAUCCUUUUUUUCCCCCUUCUAUCUCAAUUUCUACACCUUUUCUGGAUCCUUUACCAUUAGUAGUUUCCUUCUGAGAAGACUGCCAUUUUCAUCCCUCACAUCAUUAAUUACAGACUGAUUCACUGCAUCUGUGUAGGAUUUAAGAUGGUGCUCAGAUUUUCUCUUAACUCAAGCUUGGUUAUAAGCCAGUAGAACAAAUCAGAGACCAGGUGCCCAUCAAUGCACUGAGGUAUGGUAUUUAGAUUUAGGUCGCUGAGCAUAAAACCUUAUAAUUCGUCAUAGAGAAGUGGUCCUACAUUUCUCCAUCCUUGUGGAGAGCUUUCUCUCAUUUACUGUAUGUACAAAAAAAGUGACCAUGCAGCAUGUUUACCAAAAUUGUAGUUUACUCAUCUCAAAACCAGAGGCCGUGUAUGGUUUAUAGACCUCUGAGCGGUUCCAGCUUGCUGUAGCAAUUACACAUCACAGUAAAUGAUUGCGGCUCUGGCAGUGCCACUAAUGUGGGAGAGAGCCCGGAGUUCAGAGCAGGUCUAAGUUGAUGGACCGUUAUGUGGCAGGUAUGCAGUGAGUUAGUUCUGCUGUAUCAGCCGCCAAGCAGAUGAAUUUUGCCUCAGGAUUCUGUUUUUGAUGUCAAACGAGGACAGUCUGCAGUGUUGCCGCAGAUAGGAAAAUUCUGGCAAUCGCAUUUUAUACCUCUUGUCAUAAUCCUUCGGCACUUAAUACAGUCAUCCUCUGUUUACGGAAUUCAUUUUCGAACCCUCGCACUUUCCUCCUGGCGUGGAUGCCUUUUAUUGACAAUUUCCUCCUGUCUGUUCCUUCAAGCACACGCCAAAACAAUUAAACAUUUAAGGCGGCAGAUGCUAAAUAAAACAUAACCGAAGACCUUCUGACUGCAAUAAUAAUCACAUGUGACAGUUUGAGAGUGCUCUACCCUUAAAAUUGAAAUGAUUCCUUUUUUGAACAUUCAGUGCUUCAGUGCUUUUUUAUCUUGCCAAAGCAUCAGACCAAAUAAUGAAUAGAUUAACAUACACUAGUGGCAUGUCCUCCCCCCUCUCUUUGCAUGUCCUCUUUGUUCUGCCAUCAAGACUCAUAUUUUGUAUAUGGCUUAAAGCUGGUGCUGAACUAGGAUCAGUUUUUUUUGUCCCUUCACUGCAUCAUCUUUAUGGGCUGGCAGUAACCGAGCACUAAUCAACUGGCACUGACACACUUAUGGAUCAGUUAUUUUUGUUCAUGACAUUUUGAUGGUCACAGGAAAAAAAGAAGCCAUUUAAGCUGCAAUAAUGAUUAAAAAAAAAAUCAUAACACUUUAUUUGAAGGCUUCUUUCACAGAGACUUCAAAAGCACUUUCAUUGAACGGCAUAUUUACAAAGCAAGUAGAGUAUUUAUGAAAUGUUUGUGCUUCUCAUAAUAUGCCCAUCGAUGUAAUGUAAACAGUAAUAGGACGAGAACGACAUCUUUACUUCCAUCUAUCAAUAAGCUAAAUGUGAGGGUGCUCAUAGCAUAAUAGUAAUAAAUAAUAUAUUUUCCUUCAGAGAUUACUUUGCAGUACAGCUAUUACUUCGCAGUAUCUUGCGAGUACGUUCGAUACAUACAUGCCAUAUAUAUGUCCCUACAUCUCGUCGCUGUCGGAACCAAACCUCUUAUCUAUGAUAUGAACCUUAAAUUUGUAUACGUGUUCCCUUAUGUCAUACAAUGUCAUUUACUUCAUGAAACAUCGUCAUCUUGUGAAUACUUUCCAAAGUCUUUCCCAAUUCUUCAAGCAGUUCUUUUGGAAUGUUAUUCAGUGCUUAUGUAUGUUGAAUAAAUUCUGUGUGAAGUUAGCUUUCAGUUGCUAAAAUAAUGUUAUGGUUUAUGAUCUAUAACAAAUUUUUUAUGCCCCAUUUAAAAAGUACAUGCUGCAUCUGGAAACCGUUUCUGCAUGGCCAUUUGCCAAUAGACGCUUUAAAGGCAACCUAAACAGUGAUUUUAUCAUUAGCAUUGAAUUUGCAAAGGAGAUGUCAGAUUCGCAAGAUGCCAUGGUGUUCCUGUUUAUUAUGGUAUACGUACUGAUGUAAUCUCAAUAUAAUAUCAGUGUGACGCUACAGCGUUACAGUCCAUGAUAUAGGACUUAGAACCCUUAUAAAAACCUGCAUCUACCGUACGUGUUCGUACGUUUCCUCAUGUUAGUACGUUGUCAUUUAUAAUCAUAAAACAUCUCAUCAUCUUGAACACCUAUGAUGCAUAUAGACCAUACAUUUUCAUACAUAUCACUGCUGUUGGACCAAAACCUCGGAUCUUCAAAGUGCUAACUUUACAGGAGAAGGAAAAAGCUUUACAUUUAGUGUAAUCCAAUGGAACCAGACAUUUUUUCAAGUAAAUUUGCAUGCAACAUGAAGGACAGUAUGUCAUUUCAAAUUAUGUCAAAAACUGAGAUGCAAGGUUUUAGUCCGAGAGCAGUGAUAUGUUCCCUGUGUUUGUACAGUCAUUUUCUUUAUAGAGCAUUUCAUGUCAUCUAGUUAAUACUUACCAUAGGCUGUUCACUAAUGUAGUAUUGCAUUUGAAAUAUUAUCACUGUCCAAAAACAUAUGCAUCUUUUUUUUUUUCUUUUUUUUUUGUCGAUUUUUGUUUUUCUGCUUCAUUUGAACUUGGCAGCUGUCCUUUAUAUUGUGUGAAAGUUUCAUGAUGAAAGGACCAAUAGAAUAGUCUUGGAAUAAACCCUCUUUACGUUAACGUACAUUAAAAGUAAAGAACUUUUUUUGCCCUCUCCUAUAAAGUUAACAUUUUGUAUAUCGCUUUUGUCAGAACAAAAAUGGUCCAUUCAUCAUGAGAUGUUGACAUAAUGUGAAAGACAACAGGCGUUUUCAAAUUGUCAAAAACUGAAAAACUGUGAAACUGGAGAUACAAGGUUUUGUUCCAACAGCAGCGAUAUAGAUGUUGUUCUUUGCACAGCGACAGUAUUUUACUCUGUGCUUAUCUAUAUCUUAUGAAGUCUCUGCGCAGGUAGCCUUCAGUUUACCCAAAAAAGAGAAAAGGUUACAGUUGAAGAUGUAGGACUUUUUUUUGAAACCCCUUGUAAAAAUGGAUACAUGCUGUAUCUGCAGUCCAUCUCUGCGGGGCCGUGUUUGAAUCAGCUCUGUGCCUCUGGGUGAUCUCUUGCUGAAUGGGGCUGUAACAUGAGUCGAACAUCCUGUGUGUGAGGAUGAAAGGGGAAGCAUUAUGAGGCAGAGGCGAUGGACACCUGGGGCCGUGCCUGCGAGGAAUGACCCCUAGCGCUCAGAGCCGCCAGACCCUCUGAGCUCAGGCCAAAGUCACACCGGGAACACUCCGGAAUGUUCUGGCAGAACGGCCCUCUUUGAAUACAGCCACACAACGGCGUCGCUUCAGAUCAGCUGAACACGAGGGGUCGGGGAGCAUGGCCUGCAAGGAAAGAGCCCGAUAGAGAUGUUCAAAUGAAGAUAGAGGGAGAAGAGAAGGAGGGGUCUGGACACGAGGGCACAACUUGAAUGAAAGACAAUUAUAACCAGCGAGGGGGGGGAAAAAAAAAAGUCUUUAUUCCGACAAAACCCGAGGCCGGAAAGACUGAAUUUACAUUUCAAAAUGAGAUUGGAGAGGAAUGGGGAGGGAGGGGAGGGGAGGGGAAAAACACUGGCACAUUAUGAUCAUUGCAAACUCACGCAGAGCAACUGAAAUAACACAAUUUGCAUCUUGUGAUUAAAACGGUUGGAUCUUGUUUAAGCAUAUUUGUGACACUCAGAUUCAUUUAGAUGCAUUCGCAAAGCCAGCAAUUCCAAUUUAAUAUACAAUUGUUUACAUGUGGAGAUGGCUAAUGCUAACGAUGGCUUUUGUUUGAGUGCUCCCGGUGACUCACGCACAGCAUGUUCACGUUUGCAGUUUCACUACAUUAGCUCCAAACACUUGGACCAUGUUCGCCUCAAACGACACCAAUAAAGACAAGUGCAAAGA